AGUGGGGAGAAGCUGAUGGCCGAGGGCAGAGGGGUGCUUGGAAAGGAGGAGUUGUCCCCGCCUUCCGCCCAGCACAGUCACUCGUGGGCCUGUCCCCGACUGCGCUGCGCUGGUGCCUCCGUGGCAGCGGGGAGGUGUGGUGUUCGUGGUCCCCACACCGGCCACAGCAGCUGGCCUGCAGUCCGGGCAGGCACGAGGCAGUGCCCCGACAGCCCGGUGUCCCCGGUGAAGGAGCUGACGCAUGCUGUGCGCAAGCAGCAGAGGGCCCUGGAAGAGCGGCUGGAGGCCUGCCUGGAGGAGCUGCGGAGACUCUGCCUGAGGGAGGCGGAGCUGACGGGUGCCUUGCCGGAGGAGUACCCCCUCAGGCCAGGGGAGAAGGCCCCCAAGGUCCGCCGCAGGGUCGGCGCCGCCUACAGACUGGACGAGCGGGCCUUGCACCCGGAGGACCCCCUGGGCGGCCUGGAGCGCGAGCUGGCCCUGCAGCUGCAGAUCGCAGAGGCGGCCCGGAGGCUGUGCCGCGAGGAGAACAUCGGCCGGCAGGCCCGGCGCCAGCGGAAGCGAGCGGUGCUGCAGGAGGAGCUGCGGCUGCAGGAGCUGCAGCGCUGCCUGGGCGAGCGGCGGCGCAGCAGCGGGCCCCCUCCCGCCGCCCUGCCCCUGGGCCGAGAGCUCAGUGCCUCGGAUGACAGCUCCCUGUCGGAUGGCCUGCUCCUGGAGGAAGAGGAGUCCCAGGCAGCAAAGCCUCCCCCAGAGGGCCCAGCUCCGCCUCCUCGGCCUCUCCCGCCCCAGAGCCUUGAGGGGCUGCAGCCAGCAGGACCUGAGGCGGGGGGCCUGGAGCGGGCCCCCAUCCAGAACAGCCCCUGGAAGGAGACCAGCCUGGACCAGCCCUACGAGAAGCCCAGGAAGUCUUCUGAACCCAAUAGCGAGUCCAGCAGCCCGGCCACCACACCACAGGAGGGGCCCAGUGCCUCCAGCCUGUGGCUGCUGGAGCCUGCCUCCUACCACGUGGUUCCCAUCCGCGGUGUUCCUGGCCAGUGGCAGGGCCGCACCAGUGCCCCAGCCACCCCUGAGAUGCAGGGGAGGAGGGGGCAGUCGCAGUCUCUGAGGGUGGACCUCUCGCGCCUGGGUCCCGAGGGCCGAGGUCGCAGCGCCUUCCCCCGCCGCCGCCCCACCCACUACACGGUGACCGUGCCCGACUCCUGUUUCCCGGCCGCGCGGCCGCCGCUGCCACGGCCCGCCUACCACUCCUGCUCGGAAGACAGCGGCUCAGACGUGUCCAGCGUGUCCCACGCCCCCUCGCCGGGCCGCAGCAGCCCCGACGUCUCCUUCCUGCGGCCGCUGCGCCCGCCCGAGCCGCCCGCGCCCCGCGGGGCCUGCAGGGAGGCGACGGCGCGGGGCCCCCGGCUGCUGCUGCACGCCGGCUUUGCGGCGCCCGAGUGGGGGCUGAGCCCCGCGGCAGUGGUAGUGAUGAGUGUGGCUAAGAGCUGCUCCUUGAAGCUUCUGGUUCCCGAGUGGAGGCUCUCAUGCAAAGAAAGCAGUGCCUUCCCCAAAGCUGGACACCUGGGGAGCCCCCUUCCGGGGGUGAAGAAAGGCCCUCCACCAGGCCUCUACUGCACCUUCCGGCAAGAUCUCCCCCAGCCCCAUCACACCCAGGGACCCCUGGGGGAGGGAGGAGCUCAACUCGGAGCACCUCCCGCCUGCCCUGCAGGGGCCCCUCCGGGGCCUGGGAGCACAGCGCCCCCUGGAGCCACACGGCCGGGGAGGAGCGUGUGCCCCGGGUCUGAGGCGUCCAGUGUGCCAGGUAAGGGGUGCCUGUGCCCCUCCAGAGCAAAGGCGGGGCAGGGCCUGAAGGCCUGGGCAGGCGGCUGUGGGCGGCUCCAGCCCUGCCUUGGGGCUGUGCUCUGGGACCGUGGGAAUCUGGGCCUCGGGGGCCUGGCUUGCUGA